AUGGCCAAGGGGAAUUUCACGGCAGUGACGGAGUUCAUUCUCCUUGGUUUCACAGAUCGUCAGGAGAUCAAGACCAUUCUCUUUGUGCUCUUCCUGGCCAUCUUUCUGGCCACUUUGGUGGGGAACUUUGGCAUCAUCACAUUAAUCUGGAUCAGUCCCUCUCUGCACAGUCCUAUGUACUUUUUCCUAAACAAUCUGGCAUUCCUGGACCUCAGUUAUUCCUCCAAUUACCCCAAGAUGCUGGCCAACUUCAUAGCAGAGAGGAAGAGCAUUUCAUUCGCAGGAUGCAUUGUGCAAAUGUUUCUGUUUGCUGCCUUUGCAGAUGCAGAAUGCCUCCUGCUGGCUGCCAUGGCGUACGACCGCUACAUGGCCAUUAGUAACCCACUACUCUAUCCACUUUUCAUGUCACGCAAAGUGUGCAUAUGUCUGGUAGUUGGCUCCUAUCUCACAGGCAGCAUGACCUCACUGGUGCACACUUGUCUUACCUUCCAUCUCUCCUUCUGCGGUUCCAACGUCAUCAACCAUUUCUUCUGCGACAUCCCUCCUCUGUUGGCCCUCUCCUGCUCCAACACCCACUUCAAUGAAAUCCUACUCUUUGCCCUGUGUGGAUUCAUCCAAAUGAGCACAUUUGUGCUCAUCAUCAUCUCUUAUGCCUGCAUCCUUUGCACCAUCUUGAGGAUGCCCUCAACCGAUGGCCGCCUGAAAGCCUUUUCCACAUGCACCUCCCAUUUGACAGCUGUUGCCCUUUUCUAUGGCACCCUCUUAUUCAUGUAUCUACGUCCUAGUUCCAGCUAUGCCAUGGACACAGACAAAAUAAUCUCAGUGUUUUACACGGUGGUGUUUCCCAUGGUGAACCCAUUGAUCUACUGCCUGAGGAACAAAGAGGUGAAGGACGCCUUGAAGAGAACAUUGGAGAGACAUGUGUGCUGCUGUUAG